UGUAAAAACCAUUGCCAAUAUUUUAUUUGUAAUACUGAGUACUUAGCAUAUUGUAACAUACUUGCAUGAUGGAAAAAGCCGCAAAUGAAAACCCACCGAGCGAUUAUCCGGUGUCUCAGCCGCAGUUUCAAACUCAGCAGCACCAGCAGCAGCAACCAUCGGCCUUCACUCAGCAGGCAGUUUAUCACGGACAGCCAGACAACAAGGAGCACGCUGGCUACAUACAACCAAGCUAUGUCGGAGAACCUGGGCAGGUUGUGGUUUUAUCCCAACCACAGCCAGCAGCGGUGAUAGUGCAGGUAGGGACAGUACCAACGGACUAUAUGGUGUCCUCAAUUCUUGCGUGCUUGUUUUGCUUCUGGCCCACUGGACUCGCCGCCAUUUAUUUCUCCAUGGAGACAAGAAAAAUGAUUGCUAAUGGCAACAUGGCGCAAGCCAACAGCCACUCUCUAAAUGCUCGGAACCUCGUAAUCGUCACCACGGUUAUUGGCCUGAUCUGGAUUAUCAUAGUCAUCGUUGUGCGAGCAGUCAAUGGUUAAAAAUGCGCCGCGAGUUCCGUGGGAUGAAAGUGGAUAUAAUUACGAUUAUCACAUUGUAAAAUGUAUAAAGAUAUUUUUGCGGACAGUGAUCGAAUUGCAGAAUAAGUGUAACAAUGUAAUUUUUCCGAUUUGGAAGAUUGAUAAAAAAAUUGUUUUAAUGGUCUGUGUAUUAUUUGUAUAACCGUAUAUGUGAUGAGGUCUGAUAUGCAAUUAAAUUUCUGGCAACAGAA